AUGGCACACUCUCGGGACCACACGGCCAAGGGGCACGAGGAAAAUAUACAGAUCGCACAGAGGGAGACAAUCGAGUUCGAACGGGUUUCCUGGACCGAUCCCAAACUGCGCAAGCUAUAUUUCUGGGCAGCCGUCUUAAUGAUCGCCUCGAGCACUACCGGUUACGAUGGAAUGCUUAUCAACACUUCACAGCAAAUGGAUAGCUGGAAGGACUUCUUCAACAAAACCCAAGCUGGCCCUGACAACCCUCAGGGGGUGGCCGACAGUUGGCUAGGCCUGCUCGUGAACAUAUUCAACGUUGGCAGCGUCGUCAGUUUCUUCAUCGUACCUUACGUUGCCGACAAUUGGGGACGGAAGACCGCCAUUCUCAUUGGAUGCUCGUGCAUGGUUGCUGGCGGAUGUCUCUCUGCCUUUUGCAAUGGCUAUGAAAUGUUUGUUGUUGGCCGUUUCUUACAAGGGUUUGGGAACAGCUUUGCUCAGAUGGCCUCUCCUCUGCUACUUACCGAGAUCUGUCACCCUCAACACCGCGGACCCGUCACCGCUGUCUAUAACUGUUUGUGGAAUUUUGGAGCCUUGAUGGUAGCAUGGAUUGGCUGGGGCACGGCACGAAUGAACGGAAACUACUCCUGGCGCUCGAUCACGCUGAUCCAGAUCCUACCGUCGCUGGUGCAGCUCAUCUUCCUAUACUUCAUACCCGAGAGUCCGAGGUACCUCAUGUCCAAGGACCGUCACGCAGAGGCGCUCGAUAUCCUGGCCAAAUACCAUUCUGGUGGUAAGAAGAACGACCUUCUGGUCCAGUUCGAGUACCGUGAGAUCAAGGAGACAAUCCGCAUGGAGAAGGAGGUGGCACAUGCUGCUGGGUAUCUCGACUUCUUUCGAACCAGAGGAAACCGGUGGCGUCUGGCUAUCCUGGUCUCUCUGGGUGUCAUAUCGCAGUACAGCGGCAAUGCUCUGUUCUCAAAUUACAUCGAUGUCGUCUAUGAGGGCGCGGGCAUAACCGACCAAAACCAGAAACUUGCUAUGAGUGGUGGGAAGACCAUACUCGACUUGAUCGUGACGACCCUAGCUGCGUUGAACGUUGAUCGUUUCGGCCGCAGACCCCUUUUCUUGCUAUCAAUGAGUGGAAUGGUGAUCGCCUUCGUGAGCUGGACUAUCUGCGGCGCCAUAUACGAGAAUUCGAACAUGACGAAUGCCCCCUCUGGAUACGCGCAACUGUUCGGGAUAGCCUAUGACAUUGGCUUCAGUGGCAUGCUGAUCGCCUAUGCUCUUGAAAUCUUGCCGUUCCAUCUCCGCGCAAAGGGGUCGAUGAUCAUGAAUAUUACAUUACAGGCUGUGCUGGCCCUCAGCAACCAGACCAACAAGAUAGCAUGGAACCGCCUGCCAAUGCACUGGUAUCUGAUGCUGUUCUACACCCUCUGGGACUUUUGCGAGCUGGUCUUUGUCUACUUGUUCUACGUCGAAACGAAGGGGCUAUUUUUGGAGGAGAUCGCUCGUAUCUUCGAUGGUGCGGACGCCGUAGCAAAUAUCAAUCUUCAUCAGGUCGAAAAGGAAAUCGAGGCCGCGGAACACGAGGAGUCUAUCCAGGAGGGGCCCAUGUACACGGGCAGGGCGUUCAUUUGA